CGUGGGAGCCAAAAUCAACCAAGACUCGGCAGCACACGGAAGGAAUCGAACGCUGCGAUGGCGAUGGGUGCGGCGGUGCGCGCGGCGGCGGCGGACGCCGUGGUGACCUUCCUGUGGGUGUUCUGCGCCUCCACGAUCGGCGCCUCCACGGCCGCCGUCACCACCUACCUCAGCCUGCACGAGGGGAUCCAGUACGCCCUCCUCGUCACCGUCUCCAUCCUCGCCCUCCUCCUCUUCGCCUUCAACCUCCUCUGCGAAGCCCUCGGCGGCGCCUGCUUCAACCCCACCGACGUCGCCGCCUUCUACGCCGCCGGUCUCACCAGCCCCUCGCUCUUCUCCAUCGCGCUCCGCCUACCAGCACAGGCUGCCGGCGCCGUGGGCGGGGCGCUGGCCAUCUCGGAGCUCAUGCCGGGGCAGUACAAGCACAUGCUCGGGGUGCCCUCGCUCAAGGUGGAUCCCCACACCGGCGCCGUCGCGGAAGGGGUGCUCACCUUCGUCAUCACCUUCACCGUCCUCUGUGUCGUCGUCAAGGGACCCCGCAACCCCAUCGUCAAGACAGCCAUGCUCUCCCUCUGCAGCGUCUGCCUCAUCCUCACCGGUGCCGCAUACACCGGACCUUCAAUGAACCCUGCCAACGCAUUUGGCUGGGCGUAUGUUAACCAUCGACACAACACCUGGGAGCAGCUGUAUGUCUACUGGAUAGGCCCCUUUAUUGGUGCCAUUCUUGCUGCGUGGACCUUCAAGGCCGUGUUCCUGCCACCGCCCCCUAAGCCCAAGGCAAAGAAAGCAUGAUGAACUGAAGCAAAAAAAACUUUAACUCAGCAACCGGCUACAAAUGUUAAUUCUGAAGAAGCCAAUUUGCCAGAAGAACAAAGCAAUAAUUUAUGAAUGAGCUUAGUUACCUCAACCUUUUCGAAAAAAAAGUUACCUCAACCUUACACCAAUGUUUAACUUACAGUGGUAAUCUAUCGAUCGUUCAUGUUCACUGUC